CUAUGACUUCGUGUGUCAUCAUUGCUAUCAAAAAAUAAAAUUCUUUGUUAUUUUUGUGAAACGAAAGAAUCUAUUAUCAACAACAGAGACUACAAUACGUAUAUAGUAAGCAUAAUCUCAAAAGUAGCAGUAAAUUAUUUAUGCAGGACAUGCUACAAAAUAUUAAUAUUGUUUUUGAAAAUGAAACAAAGGACACGAAUAAUGCCGAGUGGUGACGAUUUAAUUAAUUACAAUAUAUUGAAUAAUAAAAAGGACGAUACUGACGGCACUAGCGAUAUUAUGUUACAUAGAAUAAGAGCCCAGGACCACUUCAUCGAGGCCCAAGUACAGGAAGGCGAUACAUUACAAGCUCUCGCCCUAAGGUUUCGUUGUUCUAUUUCAGAAUUAAAAAGGAUAAAUCAGAUACAUAAAGAUAAUGAAAUAUAUGCAAGACGGACUAUUAAAGUACCUGUUACACCAUACUCAGUUCUAACAGAAAUGAUACCAACACACCUUCCUGAACUUCAGUCUUCCAGUUCCAACAAUGUGCCUACAAAUCAUAUUUUAAAAGAGUUACUAGAAAAUAACCAUACAAGUAGUUUGUCACAGCAGAAGAAUUCACAAAUUGAGAAUGUGAGUCCUAGGGAAAACGGCGAUCACACCAUAGACUGCAAUAGUAUUGUUUUGAAUAGUACCUUGGCGCCUUCUGUGGCAACAUACACAGAUAUGGAGGGAAAUGAAACAGUAUCUGAAGAUACCCAAUUAUUACCAAAUAAACAAAAGGAGCCAGUAGAGGCAGUAGUAGUUAAGGAAUUGACGUCACAUGGUGCUGAUUUUGGACUGAAAUGGUUUCACUUGGUGGGCUUUAUGCUUAUUUUAGGUGUUGUAGUACCUCUUGUAUAUAUUAUGUUCUAUUUAGAUAAACAUGAGCACACAGAGGAAUCAUUCCAUUCAAACCGAUGACUGCAAAGCUCGAUUCUGUCACAAGACUGUAUUGUGAUGGAAUUUUUAAUAUGGACCUUUAUACUGUUUAUAUCAAA